AUGAGUAGUCGCGGCGGGAAACUUGCCCCCGAAGUCAAUCGCGCUCUGUUCGUAAAGAACCUGAGCUACAACGUUACUCCUGAGGAGCUCUUUGACCUCUUUGGAAAGUUCGGACCUAUUCGCCAGGUUCGACAAGGCAUUGCCGGCAACACCAAGGGUACAGCUUUUGUGGUCUACGAAGAUGUCAUGGAUGCGAAGCAAGCCUGCGACAAACUGAACGGUUUCAACUUUCAGAACCGCUAUCUCGUUGGCACCCUGCAGAAGAAGACGCCUUCUUCGUCUGCGGGCCGGUCUUCCUCAUCCUCAUCGUCCUCGUCGACUUCGUCAGAGAUUAAGACAAUCCUGCGAAAAGAGAGGUCGCCAGCCAAGGCCACUCUAAGCAGUGGGCACUCUCCCACCCGAGCCGUCCGAUUUGCAGAAGGACUACGCGCAGCUCUACCGUCGUUUGCCUAA